GAUUAAGGUAGACCCCGUAACGUAUUAGUUUGCAAGGGUUACUUAGCCAAGCGAGUGUUAGGCUUGUCCCAAGCAGGGGCGAAUACAUCUCGCGUAUGCUCGUCACCCAGCACAAGAGCGAACCCCAUCCCAUGCAGGACCAGGGGGUGCUGGUCCAGAAUCCUUCUUUUACGUUUGUGGCUCCCCCGAUUUUUUCUAGCUGUUCUUGAUACCUUUUCUGUUUUGUUGUUGGUUUCUCGAAUCUGUACCUGCAUUCGCCAAACGAAACAUCGGGUAUCUUGUUGCCGCCGAGGAGGAAAUGUGAGCGAUGAAGCUGAGGCUUCGCGACGACCAAGAUGACGGACCCGUCCAUACCUUUGUCAAUCCCUAUGUCGAGUUGAACGCCGGGUUGUGGUCUCUGUUCGCGGGAGCGACUUUCUUUCUGUGGUUGAGGUUGUACGUCAAGAUUACGAGGAGACAUGGAAUGUGGUACGACGAUUAUAUCCUCCUGGUAUCAUGGUUCAUCCUUCUCGCCAACAACAGUCUUAUCGUCUGGGAAUUCAGAAACGGCUAUGUUCUGAAGGACUCAUCACAACAAUGGGACGACAGAAUGCACAUACUCAUCAACGUCUCGUCAUGCGGAACACUGAUCGGCCAAGCAUUGACAAAGACAGCCUUCGCGGUAACACUGUUACGAAUGAGUAAUCGCUGGCAGAAAUGGAUCCUUUGGUUCUGUAUUGCCAGCAUGAACGCCUACAUGAUCGUCAAGGUGUUCUUCCAAUGGGCUAAAGUCUGUGGCAAGCCAACGUACGACAACUGGUAUCGAUUCGACUUCUGCUUGGAUUCCAAGUUCCGAAAUGACUUCAAGGAGGGUGGCAACAUUUACAACAUCAUUAUGGAUUUCGUGUUUGCAUGCUUCCCUUGGCUUAUCACGAGAGGGUUGGAGAUGAAGAAGGCUGAAAAGAUUGGCCUUUGCUUCACAAUGAGCCUGGGAAUGAUUAUUGCUAUCGUCUCGGCUAUUCGAGUUAGCUGGAAGGACCAAGGAAAUGGCCGUGAUGCCUACUACAUCUGGCGCAACGGCAUGUCACAAGUUUGGUACUCAUCAGAAGUUGCUGGAACAAUCAUGGUGCAGUGCAUACCCAUUCUCCGCCCCAUCCUCAAAAAGUUUCACACAUCAUACACCUCCCGCCGUCUCGACUCCCAAACCGGCGAACGAAAAGGCUCCGGCUGGACAUGGACACGCAGCAGCAAGCACAUCUCCACCGGCCCCCUAACACCCGGUCACCCCCCCAUUCUAAACAACAACCCUGACGGCAUGGAACUACGCAACAUCCCCGAGGAACAAGAACCAGCAGAGUUCGACUUCUGGGGCAAGAAUGAUCCGCCUUCACCAGAUGAUCUCGAAGAUGGAAGACCUGAUAUCAAGUACAAGUUCAACAGGGAGGAGAUGAAGUUUACAAGAGAUGAUAGCUGGCCCCUUGGAGGCGAAAGUGAGAGUGCAAAGAGUGCGAGAAGCAUUGAGUUGGCACACUCGAAUAUGGGAUUGGCUGUUGAACAUGAGGCUGCACAGCAGGGACUGUCGCCACCACCGCCUCGGAGGACAUGAGAGAGGCUCAUACCGAAUUUUACUUGUUUGUAUAAUAAUAGGGUUAGAAUAUUACUUAGACACGACGUUAUGUACAUAUCUUUUGUCA